AUGCUCUCCCCUCUGCUCUUGGAUCCUACCAGCCUUCUGGGAGGUUUGGGAGGGGCCCUGGGCUAUGUUUUGGGUGCCAUAGACUGGGCCCACCUGGAACUGGGAAGAGUGCUGGGCACGGAGUUCCAGGUCAUGUUCUUCUUCUCCGUCUUGGUACUCACCCUGUGUGUUAGCAUUCACCUCUGCAGUAUUCCGGAAGCUCCACUCCAAGGCACUGCCAAGGAUCUUUCCAGACAGCUAGCCCCUAACAACCCUCUGCUGUCCUCGGUCAAAAUGUGUCAGCACGGUUCUAUUGAGAAAGUGAAAAAUGGUUAUGUAAACCCAGAGCUGGCAACACAGGGAGAAAAAAACAAAAAUCUUGCUGAACAGACUCAGAAGGCAACGAGUGUGAAAUCACUACUGAAGGGGUUGGUGAGUAUGCCUCCUCACUACCGGUGCCUUUGCAUCAGCCACCUCCUUGGAUGGACUGCCUUCCUGUCCAACAUGCUCUUCUUCACAGAUUUCAUGGGCCAGAUUGUGUAUGGUGGCAAUCCCUAUGGUGCACACAACUCCACAGAGUUUCUCAUCUACCAAAGAGGGGUCGAGGUUGGAUGCUGGGGCUUGUGCAUCAACUCCGUGUUUUCCUCAUUUUAUUCUUACUUUCAGAAAGUGUUAGUCUCCUUCAUGGGAUUGAAGGGUCUUUACUUCACGGGCUAUCUGCUGUUUGGCCUGGGGACGGGGUUCAUCGGCCUCUUCCCGAAUGUCUACUCCACCCUGGUGCUGUGCACUAUGUUUGGCGUUAUGUCCAGCACCCUGUAUACUGUGCCCUUUAACCUCAUAGCUGAGUACCACCGUGAGGAGGAGCAGCAGAGAUGGCAGGCUCCAAGUGAGGACCCAGACAGCAUCAGGAGGGGAAAGGGCGUGGACUGUGCUGCCCUCACCUGCAUGGUCCAGCUGGCUCAGAUACUGGUUGGAGGUAGUCUGGGCUUUCUGGUCAACACUGCUGGAAGUGUUGUCGUUGUGGUGAUCACAGCCUCUGCGGUGGCACUGAUCGGCUGUUGCUUUGUGGCUCUCUUUGUGAGAUACGUGGAUUGA